CACACCACAACAGUACAAAAGAAAACAUCAGUCUCAUUCUUUCAAACAAAGCAAAGCCUUAGCUUGAAGAUCAACCCUUGGUGCCCUGAUGAUUUGAUAAGCCUAAGAUUUCAAGCCUUUCAAUACAUUCGAAUCACAAUCACCAAACCAAACCCGCAAAACAGCAAUGCUGGAACCAUCUUCUCAACCCCCAGAUCACCUAAUCUCACCCAUCACUCCGCCGCCGUCUCCGCCACCAGCUUCAACACCCACAAAACCCAAUCAGUUUCUGUCUUUGAUAUCCAACAGACCCUCCCUCCGAGUGACUUCAGAGUUCGACAGUGACAGCCGCGUGUUCUUUCACAAGGUGUCUUGUAAGCUGUUCGACGACCUUGCUAAGCUUAAACUCUCCUUCGUCAACAACGUUAAACGUGAGAUCUCGGAGCCUCUCUUGGCGUUAACUACAAAGCACUUGUCGAUUCAUUAUGACCCUGAAGAACAAAAUGCCCUCAUCAAGAGCUCCUUCGAUGUGAGUCCUAAGUUGCAUUUCAAAGCUGCCCACGAUGUCAAGGCAAAACGAGGUGAGGUCGCGAUGAUUUCAAACCUUGCUGAUCCUGGUUAUGCUGUUGAACUAUCAUCUCCUGUUCCAUAUGUUGGUUUGCCUAAAGCAACAAUUAGAUUCCCCAUGGGUGAAGUUACACUCGAGGAGAGAGAAGAAGAGGAAGAGGAAGUCCCAAGGAAAUUGUUGAUCAAUGGAAUUCUUAAAGGUCCAAUUUUGAAUGGGGUUGGUGCAGCCCACUACACAGACGAAGAACUGAAAUUGAGAUACUCGUAUAAGGACGGAGCACUGUCAUUUAUUCCUAGCAUUUCACUGCCUUCGAAUGCUGUAUCAUUUGCGUUCAAGCGACGUUUCAGUCCAUCUGAUAAGUUGAGCUAUUGGUACAAUUUUGAUUCGAACGGUUGGAGUGCCGUCUACAAGCACACGUACGACAAAGACUUCAAAUUCAAAGCUGGAUAUGAUUCAGAGGUCCGUCUUGGCUGGGCUUCACUAUGGGUCGGAGAAGAAAACGGAAAGGCAAAGACGUCCCCGAUGAAAAUGAAAGUCCAGUUCAUGCUCCAGGUACCACAAGAUGACAUUAAAUCAUCAGCGUUAAUGUUUCGUGUUAAAAAGAGGUGGGAUAUAUUGUAGUCUCACACCCUUUAUAAACGGUGUGGUUUUUAGAACCUUUGUGACAAUGAUGCUAAUUGCUAUAUAAUGACAAUAUUGCAUCACUUGGUUGAUGAAGUUACUCUUUAAUUUCUAA